AUGAAAAUCACAUUGCUAGCAUUUAUCCUUCUCUAUGCCUUGUUGAGCUCUAAACCACUUCUUGGAGCAGCUGAUGCUUCAAGUGAACAAGUGGUUGACACAUUAGGUAAGAAACUCCGAGCUGAUGCUAGUUACUACAUUCUUCCGGUUACACCCAUUUACAGAUGUGGACCUUAUGGCAAAUGUAGAAGCAGUGGAUCAAGUCUUGCCCUUGCAAGCAUAGGGAAAACUUGUCCACUUGAUGUUGUGGUUGUUGAUAAAUAUCAAGGUUUGCCACUUACUUUUACACCUGUUAACCCAAAGAAAGGUGUUAUUCGUGUCUCUACUGAUUUAAACAUCAAGUUCACAUCCAGCCCAACUUGUCUACACCAUUCCAUGGUGUGGAAGCUUGAUCGUUUUAAUGUUUCUAAGAGACAGUGGUUUGUAACUACUGGUGGUGUUGCUGGAAAUCCUGGUUGGGAAACCAUUAAUAACUGGUUUAAAAUAGAGAAGUAUGGUGAUGCUUAUAAGUUGGUGCUUUGUCCAAGUGUGGUGCAAUCUUUCAAGCAUCUGUGUAAGGAUGUUGGAGUUUUUGUGGAUCAAAACGGAAAUAAGCGUCUGGCUCUAAGUGAUGUUCCUCUCAAGGUUAAAUUUCAACAAGCUUGA